AUGAUGACGCGAGCCGCACCGCCGCUUCUGCUGCAGCUACAGAGCGCUGAAACGGCUUCCUCUCAAAUUAAAGCCCUGCGCGCUCUGAAGAAUGCAUUGAUCGGCCAUGACCAGAAAAAGGAAGCCUACAUUACUGGAGGAAUCAUCCCAGUUUUGGCCCAGGUCUUGACCACGAGGUGGCCGGGAACGGCGGAGUUUGAUCAAUCAAUAUCGCAAUCAGAUCGGUCUACACAGACAGCCCCGGAUGACCUUGAAGUAUGUCUUCAAGCGACUUGGAUUGUCGGCAGCUUGGCGCAAGGUGGCCCGACAUUUCUCUCCCCACUGUUUGCUAGCAACAUCCUCCCAACCCUAAUUACAAUCCUCUCAUCCCCGGACUGCCCCGUCUCAGUCGGCCUUCCAAUUUUACGACUUUUGAACACCAUUGCGGACCGGUUACCAUUACAGAGCCAGGAACAAUGGCCUCGCGACACACAGCUUGCGGAUCUUGUCUUUGCUCCUGCAAAUAUCACAGCUCUUAGACGUAUCAUCUCCCAAGAGUACAAGAGCAUGCACAGCCAGACUGCUAUUGAAUUGGCGGCUGCUCUGAUCGGCAAGUUAUGCACAGAGGAGACCCAUAAGACGGCAUUGGCAGAACUCGGGGUGCUGGACGCCUUGGCGCUCAAGAUUGCCUCGUUUGUUGUGGCCAAGGGCUUUGUCCUGCCAGGUGCGGAGGCUCAUCUUAAGGAGCCCGGCGCAUUGGAGGCUUUACCGCUCCCGGCCCCCGAGUCCGCCAAGCUAGCACCGAUUCUACGCGCCGUUGCUGUCAUCAUUGAACAAUCCAAAUGGAGAGCUGAGCACUUCCUGUCAUCCCCUGGUAUCGUGACUGUGUUUCCUAAAGAAGUCCCCGGAUUUGCGCCGUCCGACAUUAAGAAAGGCCCAUGGGGCUCCACAUACUUGUCGGGCUCUGCAGUGCCCCGUGAUCGAGGCGGCAAUCCCAUGGACCAGCUCUUGCCUUCAGUUCCUCUAGCACACACAAAAUCUUCGUCCAAUUCUGCCAACUUUCCACCCUUGGGUCAUGGAGGUUCACAGCGUCGCGCUAACCAUUCCUACCCCACGCCCUUUUCACUGCCCGAGAAACCGAUGCCAGAAGACGACGAGAAUGCUGUGAUUCCAUGGCUGCUCUGUAUGAUCCGCUCAGAGAGUGGUAUGGUACGGUUGAUGUCUGCACGUCUGGUCACAGUGCUCUUUCGAUUAGGAUUGGCGAAGAAACACCGCAUCCUGAUGCUCAGUUAUCUGGUUAUCCCUAUCUUGGUGCAGAUGUUUGAAAAGGACUUUCGACUGCCGGAUGAAGAAGGGGACAUUUAUGACGGCCUGCUCUCCCCGACCCAGCGAUUGAAGGAAGAGGCACCGGCCGUGUUAGCCCACUUGGUCGUGGAUGAUCAGGAACUGCAGAAACACGCAGUCGAAGGCAAUGCACUCAAGCGAUUGUCACAACUUCUUAAAGAGACUUACAAUCCAAUCACUGAGCACUCGCGGCCGAUGUGGCAUGCAGAGGAUGUCCCGGCCCGGGACCUCGAGUCUCUUCCCCAGGAGUGCCGGCUGGGGCCUUCCGGUUACUCUCCAACCCUUUGCCAUGUAAUGCGCUACCGAGAAAACAUUCUCAAGGCUUUAGCCGCACUGGUCCCAUUCAAGGAUGAGUAUCGCAAGGCAAUUUGUGAGCACGGCGUGGUGCCUUACAUCAUCGAUGCCCUCAAGCCAAGGCCUAGUGAUGCACCAGCUAAUGAUUCGAUGCCCAAUAAUACUGCAAAGGAUGGGAAUCCAACGCCGACUAUUCUAGCAGCUUGUGGCGCAGCUCGAAUGCUGACCAGAUCUGUGAGCGUUCUAAGGACUAGUCUUAUUGAUGCCGGUGUGGCCCAGCCCUUGUUCGCCCUUCUUCACCACUCCGAUGUCGAGGUGCAGACUGCAGCAACGGCUGCGAUCUGUAACUUGGCCUUGGACUUCAGUCCGAUGAAAGAGGCAAUCAUCUCUUCCAAAAUCGUUCCUAUUCUUUGUAAAAAUGCCCGCUCACCCAACACUAAACUACAGAUCGAGUCAUUGUGGGCCCUCAAGCACAUGGUCUAUGAUACCGGGAACGACAUCCGGAUGAACAUCAUUGAAGGUCUAUAUCCCAGGUGGAUAUUGGAGGUCAUCAAACAGGAUCCGCUCCGGGCAGUGGUUCGGCGAGGGGUCGAUGAUGAAUCGGACCAAGGUUCUGGGUUCGCCAUGGGUCGAUCUAACUCGGCCGGCGAACAGGUUGAUAUUCUGAACCCGGUUCCAGAUGCAGCUCAGUGGGACGAGGACCUUAAGAUGACGGACACUAUGCCCCCUUCCAAGAUGAGUCUGGACAUGUUCCUCCCUGACGCAAGACGCCGACGGAAACUUGCUCUAUACGGAACACUGGCCCAAACAACACAGUCUCGACAGGACGACAUCGCUGUCCAGGAGCAAACAUUUGAUUUGCUGCGCAACAUGGUCUGCGGCCGGGAUGCAAACGAGAUGAUUGAUUAUAUCUUCAUGGAACUCGGCGAGAAUGGCUUACUCGACAGCCUCGCAGCUACACUUCGCCCACGCACGAUUCAACUACCUCAUCGUCGCGAGUCCGGUGCUCAGAUCACUCAGACCCUCCACGUCCCCAAUGAGAUUAUCCUGUCGGCGAUCUCUCUCAUAAUCCACUUAGCAGCUGGACACCCGCGCCACCGGCAUCUCAUCGCAUUCCACCGUGACCUGCUACCAUCCAUUGGCAAUUACUUCAACCACUCCAGCAAAGAUAUUCGGUCCUCUUGUGUCUGGGUGGUUAUAAACCUCAUUUAUGAAGAGGAUCAUCAUGACUAUGAGGGUUGCCGGGAUCGCGCGAUUAGGGUUCGUUCCCUUGGGCUUGGAGAAAAGUUGGCUAGUCUCAAGGAUGAUGUCGAGUUGGACACGAAGGAGCGCACUAAGACUGCAUUGCAUCUGUUGAACAAGCUGGCUCCUGUUUAG